ACCUUCGAGGGAGGCAUUAGGUAGAGAGUCCGACGCUUUCAUUUCCUGGUUAACUCGCUGUGCUGUCCACAUGAAGGGAGUGUCGGACAGGCAGUUAAUAUUACACAGGGAUUCACAAGCGACGAGCAGACAUGGCAGCACCUGCGAAGGGGACCAGCAGAACAGCUCAAAAUGAUGUGGCUUCAAUAAAAAAGAAAGGACCGGGAGCCCUCGCUACAGCCUACCUGGUCAUCUACAAUGUGGUGAUGACGGCGGGGUGGCUUGUUAUAGCUGUUGGUUUGGUGCGUGCAUAUCUUUCCAAAGGCAGUUACCAUGGCCUGUAUUACUCAAUAGAGAGACCCUUGAAAUUCUUCCAGACUGGAGCACUCCUUGAGAUUUUACACUGUGCUGUAGGAAUCGUUCCCUCUUCCGUGGUUCUGACUGGAUUCCAAGUCAUGUCCCGAGUCUUCCUUACCUGGGCAAUCACCCACAGCGUGAGAGAGGUACAAAAUGAAGACAGUGUUCUGCUUUUUGUAGUUGCUUGGACAGUAACAGAAAUCAUCCGCUAUUCCUUUUACACCUUCAGCCUCCUAAACCACCUCCCGUACCUCAUCAAGUGGGCCAGGUACACUCUGUUCAUUGUUCUGUACCCCAUGGGCGUCACUGGAGAGCUGCUCACGAUAUACGCUGCUCUGCCCUACGUCCAGAAGACCGGAUUGUACUCUGUAACGCUGCCCAACAAGUACAACUUCUCCUUUGAUUACUACACCUUCCUCAUUCUCGUAAUGGUCUCCUACAUUCCACUUUUCCCUCAACUGUACUUCCACAUGAUGAGACAAAGAAAGAAGGUCUUGGCAAGUGGGGAGGAGCAUCAAAAGAGCAAUUAAACCAGGAAUCUCCCCCCGAGAGGAAUGCCUUUGUGUACCGAUGGAGAGAAGAGGACAUAUUUAACUACUGUCUGCUCAAUCAAUGGCUACUUUGCAGAAGGAAUCUGAACUUUUUUUAAAAUGAAAUCUUAGUUUUUUGGGAUGAAUACUAACAGUUUAACUGUUAGGGGAUGAAUGUUUCGUUAAUUGGAUUUUUGAUGCAAUUUGGAGAAGAAUAUUUAAAAAAUCUGGUUUAAAAUAAAAAAGCAGAAUAAAAUGCAUGUUUUGCAUAACAUAUAAUAUAUAUAAUGUACAUGUAUAUGUGUGUGUGUAUAUAUAUAUAUAUAUAUAUAUAUAUAUAUAUAUAUAUAUAUAUAUAUAAUGUAAAACAUGAAUUGUGUUCUCCUUACAGUAUGUUGUAUGGCCAGUGAAUAUUUGUUUUAAGUUCUGGGAAGACCAUACCAUCAUUGUCGGGCAUUUUAUACAGUAAUUCUCAAUAAUUUAAUUGUUCUUAAAAUUGUGCGUCAGUUACGCAGUACUGCGUAGAGCAUUGGCCAGAAAAAAAAAAAUUCACAGCAAGAUGGAAAUGUGUUUUGUUUGUAUUAACACUAAGAUGAUUAGUACUUUAAGUACAAUGUAUAAUUAUGACAAUAGUUUGAUGUACCACGUAUUUUUUCAAUUCUGUGUUUCUCUGUCAAAAGCAGUGUGGACCAACGUGUAUAUCUUGUUUAAUUUAGAAAUGUAAUUUGAUGGGUUGUGUUUAAUUACCAAAAUACCGGGAGGAUCAUAAAGAUAAGUGGCAACGAGUAAUUGUAUACAAUUGGUAUGAACAACAUGUCUUUUUUGUGUGUGUAUUUGAGACCAUGUUUAAUUUUGAAUAAUGUGUAGUUUUAUGGCAUUUGCAUUGUGCAGGAAAGGACGCCCCCAUGUUAGUUUCUGUAAAGGCAGGCAGGGUGUUUACAAGCCAGUGUGGGAGGGACAGUCCCCACACACAGAGCAAUGGACUGAGUCCUUUAUUGUAAACGCAGGACGGACACACAAUCUGUCCUGGCAACAUUUUCUCAAUCGCACGUGUUCAAGAACCACAAGUGGUGGAAACACCUCUCCAGAAGCUUCCUUGGACUGACCCAGCAGUGACGCACAAGUGGGUCUGUGGCCUGGUUGAACUGUAACCUCUCAAAUGAAUUAGUUUCUCAUUCAUUCCAGUUGUGGGUGUUGUCCUGAAUGCUGAUGAAUUCUACAGUUGCAUGCAUGCAACUGUAGAAUGCGUGUCUACCCUGAUCAUGUUCUAAUACCAUUUAAGAGGUCAAAAUGAAUGUAGAGUUUACUGUACACCAUCUGUUCUUUACUCAAGGUUGGUUGUAAAGAGGGACCAAGCACAGUGUUUUUUGAAAUUUGCACUGGAUAUUUAGAGAUUGUUCAAGAUUAAUUUCCCUGUUGAUAAUAUUAACAAUGCUCGGAGACCCUUUUUUUUUCAUUUUAGCUUUAAUUGAUCCAGGAGUCAAAAAACUAAAUCCUGUUGUAUGCAAGAGGUGCUUCAGAAGUCAUCAUUUCAUUCUGCAGGACUGUGCUCCUCAAAUGAAAUGACAGAUACAUGAUUUUAAACAGUUUGUAGUUCUGUUCUGUUCGUGUUCUUGAAGUUCCUCCCCUUGUCAUACAGAACGUAUUGCACAAUGUACAUGCGUUUUCAACAUGGUUCCUGGUAUCCUGCCACUCAGAUGUGUUUCAGAAAAUGCUAGCUCAUUUUUUACUUUGCUGUUUUUUGUAUUUUUUCUGACGAUAGAAAGAAAUGCUGUUUGUUAAAGGGUCGUGUUUAUGUUGUUUAAUGUUAUUUCAGUAUUGCAUGGUUAUCCCGUUGCUGUUACAGUGGGAUAGUGGUGCAUUUUUAUUCACAGGGCUACUGACAUUUUCUUUACAUUGGAGUAAGUUCAAAUGACCUUCUGAAGUUCCAGGAUUUUGGUUAAAUUUUAGUUUUAAAAUCAAAAUGAAACAGUACACUGUAUAAAACCCUGUAGGCAUGGAUGUGAUUUUUAAAUGUUGGAACUUACAGAACAGUAUGUGAGCAACAUUUCUAAAUUUUUAUACAGAAUAUUUGCAUGGGACCAUUAAUGAACUAGAGAGCAGACUUUGUAUAAUACAGCAAGUAAUAUGAAAUGAUAUAUUUACCAUAAUAAACUUACAACCGUGACCAACA